AUGGGUUCUGCUUGUUCAAGCGACAGUGGAUCAUUCGAGAGUUCAUCCGGUUCCUCGUCCGAUUCCUCCGAUAAUUCGUCAGAAGAUGACGCAUCUUCAGAAGACAGAUCUUCUCAAGAAAGUCUCGAAGUUGGGAAUUUAUCUGCUUCGCAAAAACUUCGCAAUAGAACUCGUUCGAUUAUAUCCGGAAUCAAAAUUCGUUCGCCAAAAGAAGAGCCGCUAGAAAUCGUCCAAACAACAAAUAAAGACGGAGUUUCGUUGAUCAGAAAGCUGCGGCUUAUCCGAAGAUUGGGACCUCUGUCAAAAGCAGUAAAUGCAGCAGAAGAAAGCACAAAAAUGCAAAUUCCCGAAAUUCGCGUAACAAAAGCGCCAAACUCUUUUCUCCGCCGCGCUAAAAUGGUCAAACUUGGGAGCUUGACGAAAUCGCCAAAAGCUGAAGAAAAAUCUCCAAAGACAGAAAAAAAGUCUCCAAAUGCUUUUCUACGAAAAGCGAAAUUUCUUGGAAGCAUUUCCAGGUCGGCGAAAAGCGAAAAAGACGAAGAAUCAAUCGAAGAAGAGAAAAAAUCUCCUCGUGGUGGUGGUUUUUUGCGAAAAGCAAAAGGCCUCGCCCGACUCAGCAGUUUAUCCAAGUCGCCGCCGUCAGAAUCCAAAUCCCCGCCGCCGCAGGUAUCAGCACCUCCAAUCCCGCCCAGAACAGUGAAUAAGCCGCUGCCAUUAUGUCCCAAACCGCGGCAUAAAUCCAAAAUUGCCGCUCAACAGCAGCAUCAGGAACAACAAGAAAAACAGAUCAUCGCGAAACAAGUCGAGCAGAUUCCAGCAUCGCCGAGUUCUAGCUGCGACGAGCCGAAUUCCCCGGUCGAGUCCAAUGACAGCGAGUCAUUGCUGGAAACGACCGCAAUGAUGGACGAGGUCAAUGUCCAGUCCUCGGAUUCGGAGAAUGAGCAGCAGACGGAUUCCGAUCCCGACUCGGGUAUUUCUGGUGAAGCGACAGAUCUAAGCCAGAUCAACUUCAAUUUGCGAGAUAUUGACGAGCUCGACGAUCUCGCUAAUGACCUUUUCCCGGUGACACUUGAACUGAGCCCAGAAACACUCUCCCACAAACCAGCCCAAAAAUAUCACACUUCCUUAAAACAAAGUCGCCCAAAAAGCAACCCAGUCCUAGCAUCCUCGCCUCCUUCUUGCAAAAUCCUCUCUUCUCAAAACGCAAACGCAAAUUUCCUAAACACUAAUAACUCAACGCCGUUUUCUCAAUCUAAAUCGAAGGUGGAGACAGAGGAGCAGCCGACGAAAUCAUACGAAUCUACAGAAAAAGACCCUGCCCAGCAAGAAACUCCGCAAAUUCAAAUUCAAGCGGAGCAAGAUCAGGAGAAUCUCAAAGAGAACUCCCCCGAAGCGAAACAGGAGGAAGAAGAGGAACAGCUUGUGGAGAGCAAAAACAUCGGCUCAGUGAACACCCGCCUGUCGCGCUACCAGUCCCGGGCGAACCAGUCGCCCGAGGUGCGCAAAGAACCCGUCCCGAAAGUCUCCACCAUCGACAAAUUCAAGGACAACUAUCUCAAACAAACCGAGAAAGCAGGCAGCACAGUUCAGGCGGAGAUGGCCACCUCGGGAGCGCUUUCGCUCAAGGACCGAAUGAAAAUGUUCGAAAAUCAGUCGUCGAGGUCCGUUCAGCGCGAAGUCGUCGGACAGGCCGAGCGGGCAGGGGACAUCCGCUCUAAGAUCUCCAACUGGGGAGUCUCCGAUUCUACCAACAGCUACAGUCAGCGUGAGCGCAUCACUGUAGCUCCUCUCAGCGACCGACGCUCCCAGUACACGGCGGUUGCGAACGCAAACUAA